CGUCCAUAAAUCCGAGACUGCACAAAACGGAAACGAAUUAAUUCAUCGUGAUAUCAACACCAUAACUGCGGAUAAAGGCUGUGCUCACGUUUAUUUUUGUGGGUCCGUUAUCUCGUACCUCUGCGCAAAAGCCUCGAGGUCUCUCUUGAUCUUUGCUUGUUGGACAGUGUCAAUUUGGGGUAGCGGCGUGGACAAUGCUGGCUGUGUCUUCAACCUGUCUUUGCUCCUGGAUAGCAUACUGCACUCAAGACAUGCUUCUGUUUGCACAUUGGCCAGAGAGAGAAUGGUCAGAACUUUAGGUACAACACACCACAGAGCUUCUAUGGAAGGAUAAGGUCUGCAGCCUCCACACCAAACACUACUGACACCACCAUCGGAAAGCUAAAGCUGUAGCAAGCUACUAUAGUAAAGUGGCCGAGGUAGACCAUAUCUUUGAUGCCUAACCCAACCACUAAGACCAAGGGUUUCCGGUUAUCUGUGCCCCAUCAACACCUUGCCGUCUUCCGUAACCCUGCCAAACGUUAAAUUUCCUGCUUUGGUCCCUCCUCCGCAGCCACCAUGCGUCCCUCACUCGCGGUCCUUCCCAGGACCCGUAACCAUCCCCACACAGCCCCCCCCCACAAUGCACACGGACUGUCUGCACACGUGGGGCGGGAGCACCUGUCGGCCCCACGGAGGCGCAGCCCACACCUGCGACACACGCUCAGCCCAGAGAACCUGCGGAGCCUGGCGGAGCGAGGCGGUGCGGCCAGGGACACGGCUUCUGUGGUGAGCAGCCCCAUGGGUCUCCCGAGGGCCAACAGCGACACAGACCUGGUGACCUCGCAGGGCCGCUCGUCGCUGACUGCGUCCACACUGGAGUUCACGCUGGGGAGGGGCCAGAACCUGGUCAUCUCCUGGGACAUCAAGGAGGAGGUGGACGCCACCGACUGGAUCGGCCUGUAUCACAUUGAUGAAAUCAGCCCAUCCAAUGUGUGGGACUGUAAGAACCGUGGGGUGAAUGGGACACAGAGGGGCCAGAUCGUCUGGAGGUUGGAGCCUGGGCCUUACUUCAUGGACGCUGAGACCAAGAUCUGCUUCAAGUACUAUCACGGCGUCAGUGGAGCCCUGAGAGCCACCACCCCCUGCAUCACUGUGAAGAACCCUGGAGUCCUGGGAGAAGGUCAAAGUGAGGGGCAGUCAUCCACAGAUCAUCCUCGCAAACUAAUCAGCUUUACUUUGACAGAUAUGCAUGCGGUGGGGCUGAAGAAGGGAAUGUUCUUCAACCCGGAUCCCUACCUGAAGAUGUCCAUCCACCCUGGGAAGAGAAGUGGCUUCCCCACCUUCAGCCACCACGGACAGGAGAGACGCUCUGCCAUCAUCGCCAAUACCACCAACCCUAAGUGGCGCGGAGAGAAAUACACUUUUGUAGCACUGAUGACAGACAUUCUGAACAUCGAGGUGAAGGACAAGUUUGCCAAAAGUCGACCAAUCAUCAAACGCUUCCUUGGUCAGCUGACCAUUCCUGUGCAGAGGCUGAUUGAGAAAAUACCUGGUCUCCAGCCUCUGAGCUUCUCUCUGUGUCGACGGUUGCCCACUGAGCACGUGAGUGGCCAGAUGCAGUUCAGGGUGGAGCUCACAUCCACUGGACCUGACGGGGCCUCUCCGGACUCUAUCAUCGGUGUGCCCAAUAACGGGGCCCCUGGGACUCCAUCAGAUGACGAGGAUCUGCCCCACCUUCUCCCGGGGGUGGUUACUGGAGGCCCCUCCCCUACUGGCUCCCUGGGCUCACAGAGGUCCUGGGAAGGCGGGGCCACAGCCUAUCCAGUCCCAGACUACAGGGACUUUAGCGGUACAGAGGGCAGAACCACCGAGGGUGAAUCCUACUCUGGCCCUCUACGGUUGCAGAGGUCCCUGAGCGAAGGCCUGGAUGCCAUCGAGGCCCCCAAGGGCCCCGGAGAGAGGCCCCUGGGCGCCGCUUCACCGAAGCUGCGCUCUAGCUUUCCCACUCACACACGUCUCAGUGCCAUGCUGCACAUUGACUCAGACGAAGAUGAGGAGCGCUCGGGGCCCACUGACAUUUACCCGGUGCCCGGGUCCCCCCUGCUGCUCAACGGGGGUCCCGAGGGGCCUGAAGAAGAAGACGUUGUCCCAGAGCUACAGCAGGAUCCUGACCCUGAGCAGCUGGAACCCAGGGUGGUGGGAGAUGAACAGCUGAUAGUAACGGGGGAAGAUUGUGCCCCUGGUGGUGAAUCCAAUGUGGCCCCUGAGUUAGACCUGGCCCUCGACUUCGAGGACUCCUCAGAGCCUGAUGUUUUCUCGGAGGUGGAGGAAGUUCCUUUCUUCUCAGAGGCGCUGUCCCAGAGUCUUUUGGCUGUGGGCCUGGAGGGGCCAGAGGAGGGCCAGGGGCCUGCUGACAACCCCUCGUCGCCGAUUGACACCUGCUCCAUGGCAAUGGCCCCACAGACAGUCUUCUCUUCCUCAGAGAGUUGCCCAAUCACAAUGUCCACGGCUGAGGAGGCAGAGGAGAGGGCAGUAGCUGCCAUUGACCCAGGGGGAGACUCAUUCACUGGCACUCCACCCACCCACCAGCACGUAGACGACGAGGGGGGCGGGCAUACGUCAGCCAAUGAGGUUGAAGGAGACGCUCCGUCUGCCAAUGCGCUGGAGCCAGGGGAGGAGAUUAGUGAGCGGAUGUGGAGCUUACAGGUAUCUGGGGAUGUUCCCCAGGAUGAGGAGGAGGGGGAGGAGCCAAGACCCGCAGGGGUGGCCGUAUCUGUUGAUUCAGAUGCAGUUGCCAUGGAGGCAGAUGGAGAAGACGGUGCUCAAGUGAACGGUCACCCGGUGCACUGCCUCCCCUCAGUGCGCCAUGACAUUCACCGUUACCAACGAGUGGAUGAACCGUUACCUCCUAACUGGGAGGCGAGGAUCGAUAGUCACGGUCGUAUUUUCUUUGUCGAUCACGUGAACCGUACCACCACGUGGCAGCGCCCCACCGGACCCCCCGCUCCCCAGGGCCUGACCCGCUCCAGCUCCAUCCAACAGAUGGAGCAGCUCAACCGCAGAUAUCAGAGCAUCAGGAGGACGAUGACCAGUGAGAGGUCUGAGGAGAACACAGUUGACCUCCCGCCAGAGCCCACAGAGAGUGACUUUCUGCCCCAGACCAUCCCUGAGUACAGGAGAGAGAGCGCAGUGGGUCACUCCAGCUCUCGGUCGCGUCUCUCUCUGCUGCUCCAGUCCCCAAGUGCAAAGUUCCUGUGCAGCACAGACUUCUUCACCGUGCUGCAUUCUAACCCUAGUGCCUACAGCAUGUUUACGAGCAACACCUGCCUGAAGCACAUGAUCAGUAAGGUGCGUCGGGAUGCCCACCACUAUGAGCGUUACCAGCACAAUCGGGACCUGGUGGCCUUCCUCAACAUGUUCACCAACAGCCAGCUGGAGCUACCCAGGGGCUGGGAGAUGAAGCACGACCAGACCGGCAAGCCCUUCUUUGUGGAUCACAACUGUCGCUCCACAACCUUCAUCGACCCGCGGCUCCCCCUCCAGAGUGCACACUCAACUAGCCUGCUGGCCCACCGACAGCACCUUAACCGCCAACGCAGCCACAGCGCAGGCGAGGUGGUAGAUGACAUGCGACACUCCAGCCCACCUGUCGUGCCCUGCCCCUCCAGCACCUUCAGUGGGUCCACUCGCAAUCAGGACCUGGUGCCUGUGGCCUACAACGACAAGAUUGUGGCGUUUCUACGGCAACCCAACAUAAUUGAGAUCCUGCAGGAGAGGCAGCCAGAGCUCGUCAGGAACCACUCACUCAAGGAAAGGUUACAGUUCAUUCGCAGUGAGGGUGUUUCUGGGCUUGCUCGUCUCUCUAGCGAUGCUGAUCUAGUAAUUUUGCUCAGCCUGUUUGAAGAGGAGGUUAUGUCCUAUGUGCCACCUCAUGCCUUACUGCACCCCAGCUACUGCUCCUCCCCUCAGAGCUCCCCCGGUACUCAGCGGGCGAAUGCACGCGCCCCUGCCCCUUACAAACGUGACUUUGAGGCCAAACUGAGAAACUUCUAUCGCAAGCUGGAGACGAAAGGCUAUGGCCAGGGACCUGGGAAAGUCAAAUUGAUCAUUCGUAGAGAUCACCUAUUGGAGGAUGCCUUCAAUCAGAUAAUGUGCUACUCCCGCAAAGAUCUGCAGAGGAGUAAGCUCUACGUCAGCUUUGUGGGCGAGGAAGGGCUGGACUACAGCGGCCCCUCGAGGGAGUUCUUCUUCCUGGUGUCGAGGGAGCUGUUUAACCCUUACUACGGCCUGUUUGAGUACUCCGCCAACGACACCUACACUGUGCAGAUCAGCCCCAUGUCUGCCUUCGUGGACAACCAUCACGAGUGGUUCCGUUUCAGUGGGCGUAUCCUGGGCCUGGCUCUGAUCCACCAGUAUCUGCUGGAUGCCUUCUUUACCCGCCCGUUCUACAAGGGCCUGCUGCGCAUCCCGUGUGACCUGAGUGACCUGGAGUUCCUGGAUGAGGAGUUUCACCAGAGUUUACAGUGGAUGAAGGACAAUGACAUCGAGGACAUGCUGGACCUCACCUUUACCGUCAACGAGGAAGUCUUUGGACAGAUCACAGAGAGAGAGCUGAAGCCAGGCGGGGCAGGUAUUCCAGUGUCAGAGAAGAAUAAGAAGGAGUACAUCGAGCGUAUGGUUAAGUGGCGCAUCGAAAGGGGUGUGGCUCAGCAGACGGAGAGCCUGGUGCGAGGCUUCUAUGAGGUGGUGGAUGUGCGGCUGGUAUCUGUGUUUGAUGCCCGGGAGCUGGAGCUGGUGAUCGCUGGCACUGCAGAGAUCGACCUGGCAGACUGGAGGAACAACACAGAGUACAGAGGAGGGUACCAUGACAACCACAUAGUAAUCCGCUGGUUCUGGGCUGCAGUGGAGAGGUUCAACAAUGAGCAGAAAUUGAGACUGCUGCAGUUUGUGACAGGCACCUCCAGUAUUCCCUAUGAGGGCUUUGCCUCCCUCAGAGGUAGCAAUGGACCACGCAGGUUCUGUGUGGAGAAGUGGGGCAAAAUCACCUCCUUGCCCAGGGCCCACACAUGCUUUAACCGUCUGGACCUCCCGCCGUACCCGUCGUUCUCCAUGCUCUACGAGAAAAUGCUGACGGCCGUGGAGGAAACCAGCACCUUUGGCCUGGAGUAACCUCUCCAAAAUGUCCGCCACAGCCAGGGGUUGAAUUGGGUAAGAACAAUGGUGGAUAGGAAACCCCACCACCUUCGCUUGAGGCGAGACAGGACUCACAGUACACAAUGGAGACUGAAUAGACAUCGACAAGAAAUUAUCAUUGUGGAGAAAAAACAACAACCUUUGGGACAAUUUCACCAACAAGAUAAUCCCAAUUUGACCCCCUGGCUUUGCUAUACCUCCCUGCUCCAUGAGCCCAUACUUCCUGGAAUAACGUUACUGUUCUUUUACCUACACUGAUGCCCUCCAUUUGAUUCCUGCGUACAACAACCACACUUGUGCUUUAUCUCUUAUCAGUUUAAUGGCCUUGGUUACUGUAUCUCCAGUCCUCCUCCUUCCUCCAGGGGUUCAGCCUGCACUUCAAACCCAGAGAAACCUUAUCCUAAUCCCCUAUGCUUCCUCCUGGAGUGACCUCAUGUUCUGGACCUCAGAACUGUUUCAUUUUCUACUCUGGGGCUGCAGACUAUGCACACUAUAAUACAUAAUGAACUAAUGCCUUGGCUUCGAACAUACACGCUUCUAACGCACACACUUUCAAGAUGACCCUCAUGAGUAAGACCGUUAUCAUUUCUGAAGGGAUUCAAUUGUAUGUCAGAGCUCCUAAGGGGCACCAAAGGCAUUGUCAUACUCCAAAACACACUGCACUUACCUUAUGUUAGAUUACAUGAGCAAGGCUUUAAAACUGACACACACUUACGUACGGAUACAAUUGUAGGGUCAUUCUUUUUCCAAAUAGAUGAGAUGCACUUUCUCAUAGACGCAUGUAGCUCCACAUGCAUGUACACACACACACACACACACACACACACACAAAUACGCACUGAGACAUUGCCAAACAAAAGGCUUUAUUUCUCACUGAUGUAAUUUUCUCCCAUUCAGUGUACUUACUGAUGAAUGUAUCACAAAAGAGUGAACCUGUGUAUGAACCUGUAUGAAUCUCCAGCUUGCCGUAGUAGGAAGACUGAGGAGCCUUCAAAGAAGAAGAAACACCAGAGCCGCACGAAGUGUAGCUCGUACAAUUGCUGACUGUGGUUGAUUGAGGAAUAUGGAAGCCAAGACUGUGGCAUCGGACAUGUGCCUUGUUAUGAGAGAUAUGAGAGACACUUUUACUCAUUGUUUUACGAAAGGAUGCGUCCAUUUCCUAUUGGGUCACGACUGAAAACUCAGUUGUAACGAGAGACUUUGUAUUGUCUAUUUGGUUGUUCAAAAUUACAUUCAAAAAGUUUAUCUGUGUCACACACAAAAAACACAACUUUUAAAGCUAGAAUCCUUAGUUGCUUCCUACAUCUAUUUUUGGACCUAUAAAUGAAUGAUAUAUACCCAUUGAUUCUUGAAGAAUAUAACUUAUACAUGCAUCAUGAACUUAGUUCAACAGUUGUACCCCAUCAGAACCCAAAAUAUAAACUUGUUUUACUCCAAUGAUUGUAAACAAUGUAAAUGUAAACAAACUGUAUAGCCUCAAAACAUGGUUAAAACUGUACUUUUUAUAUCAUGGAUGGUCAGUCCUUGCAUCCAUAGCUCUGUAUAUGAAUUUGAGAGGGGUUACAUUUCUCCAGGCCCAACCCUCAGCUUUCUACCAAAACAGAGGCGGGGUGCCACUUUGUUAUUCUUUCAAUUAAGGAUUCUAGCUUUAAGUGUAUUCCAAAACAGUUCCAGGAUGCAAACACAAGAGGGCAGCACAUCAUAUAUGGGUACUUCAGUACCAUCGACACAGCUAUAGAAGCAUUUUUAAGCAUGGGGCAUACACUACACACCAACACAGAUGCUUACGAUUUCUUGAAAGCAUGUUUUCAUCCUGGUUUUGGACUUCUCAGUGCAUAACCCCUACCCAAAGGAUUUAUUUACACACACACAUACACACACACACAUUUUCUAUGGGGUGCACACACUACUGUACAGAGGUCUAUGUGAGCUAAA